AUGUCUACCAUGUCUGUCCCACCUACUACCAGAGAUACGGGGACCGAAAGGCGCACGUCCCUGUAUGAAUUGCGCCAGGUAAAGACGGAGGUGGCAGAGAAUGACUGGACUGGGCCUCCUUUAAAUGUUAUCUACGCAGGGGUUGCGGCUCGGUUCCACCUCCUUACUGGAGCGACUAUCGCCGUGGCCGUCCGUGAUUCUACGUAUUUGCUCGACUACGCUCAAUUUACCUUCUCCACGAGCAGUCAAGGCCGUUAUCAGGCCGAAAUCGCUCAGUUUAUUGUGGAGAAGAUGAGGGAAUACCAGGAAGCGCACGGCGAGAAGUUCAUCGGUUUGGCAAUGCCGACCGACCUGGCGGAACGAUGUCCGGAUCUGUGUGCACGCCUUUGGUCCGAGCUGGAUAUCAUCCCUAUUGUGCUCCGGAAAUCAGAGGAGAAGUUAAGCUGGGGGAUGUUUGAAGAACAAUAA